GAGAAGGGAGUAUAUUUGGGGAAGUGCACUUCCUGGAGCCAGGCUUCCCCAAAUUGAGAAUUUCAAAUCUGAAAAGCUAAGCGAUACUUGGAAACUCUCCCAAUCCCACAGGAGAAAUAGAGGGAAACUUUCUCCCGCCACCAGCCCUCAAAGCUAGGCCGGCUACUCUACCCUCCUCCUUCUUUCCCUGCGACCGUCCGUCUCUCUCCCUCCUCCUCCAUUCCCUCCCCCGCAAAUCCCAUCCUUCCUCCCACUACCCCCCCCCCCACCUCCUGCAGGAGGCGGGCAGGUCCAGACGGAUUAAACGCACUGAGGCACAGUCCUGGCCACCUCUCGUUCGCCCAGCCUAGCCCGCUAUUCCCUCUUCCUUCGUCCCGCUCUCUGUCAGCCUCCGCCUGCCUGUCUUCCUCCUUCCCUCCCUCCUUCCCGAGCUGUUGCCACUCGACGGGAGCCAGCCAGACCUUGGAAGAGGAGACUGGCCGGCGGGACUGACAGCUGGCUCCUGGCGGAGCUUUGCAGGGCGGAGGGGAGUUGGGCUGGGUAUUCGGGGGCUGCCCCGCGGAGGGCGCCCUGGGAUCGCGCCGAAGGGGCAUGAAGUUGUUCUCAGGGGAGAUCCAGACAACGGGAGGUGCCGGGGAGCCCAGAGACGCCCAGGUCUAGAGGCUCCUCAGCUCCGUGCGCCAUGCGGCUCCAGGGGCCCCAGGGGUCGGCUCUGCUGCUGCUGCUACUGAGGGGGUUGCUGAUCCUAGGAGUUCUACUGCCAGCAUCUGGCCAUGUGGAGACUCGAGCCCAUGCUGAGGAAAGACUUCUAAAGAAACUCUUCUCUGGCUACAACAAGUGGUCCCGACCUGUAGCCAAUAUCUCAGAUGUGGUCCUUGUCCGAUUUGGACUGUCCAUUGCUCAGCUCAUUGAUGUGGAUGAAAAGAACCAAAUGAUGACCACCAACAUGUGGGUGAAGCAGGAGUGGCAAGAUUACAAGCUUCGCUGGGACCCAAUGGAUUAUGAGAAUGUAACCUCAAUCCGCAUCCCCUCAGAGCUCAUUUGGAGGCCUGACAUCGUUCUCUACAAUAAUGCAGAUGGUGAUUUUGCGGUGACCCACCUGACCAAAGCCCACCUCUUCUAUGAUGGGAGGAUCAAGUGGACACCCCCUGCCAUCUAUAAGAGCUCCUGCAGCAUUGAUGUCACCUUCUUCCCCUUUGACCAGCAAAAUUGUACCAUGAAGUUUGGUUCCUGGACCUACGACAAAGCAAAGAUUGACCUGGUGAGCAUGCACAGCCAUGUGGACCAGUUGGACUAUUGGGAGAGUGGCGAGUGGGUCAUCAUCAGUGCCGUUGGAAAUUACAACAUUAAGAAGUAUGAGUGCUGUACAGAAACUUACUCAGAUAUCACCUACUCCUUCAUUAUCCGUAGGCUUCCCCUCUUUUACACCAUCAACCUCAUCAUCCCCUGCCUUCUGAUUUCCUGCUUGACCGUCUUGGUCUUCUAUUUGCCAUCAGAUUGUGGGGAGAAGAUCACAUUGUGCAUUUCUGUGCUAUUAUCCUUGACUGUGUUCCUACUCCUCAUCACUGAAAUCAUCCCAUCCACAUCCCUGGUCAUUCCCCUGAUUGGGGAGUACUUGCUCUUCACCAUGAUCUUUGUGACGUUGUCCAUCAUCAUCACCGUCUUUGUGCUCAACGUCCACCAUCGCUCGCCUCGCACGCACACCAUGCCUGCAUGGGUCCGAAGGGUGUUCCUGGAUAUCAUCCCCCGCUUACUCUUCAUGAAACGCCCUGGUGUGGUGAAGGACAACUGCAGGAAGCUGGUGGAGUCCAUGCACAAACUCGCUGGAGGUCCGAGGUUCUGGCCGCAGCCAGAGCCCAACUUUGUUACUUCACCUUCCACCAGCCCCCAAACCCCAGAACGGUCCCCCUCAGCCUCAUUCUGUGUCCACCUGGAGGAUCCGGUCAAACCCCAGGCUGUCUGUAAGUCUCCCUCAGGUCAGUACACUGUGCUGCAGCGCCCUGAGCCUGGGAAGGGCAGUCCCUGCUCUCCCCCCACCCCUCACCCUCCUCUGAAUAAUUCCCAUCCCUCUGGCUUCUCCAAAGUCAGAUCUCUAAGUGUACAGCAAAUGUACAGCUCUAAUAAAGUGGAGGAAGGAAGCAUCCGCUGCAGGUCAAGGAGCAUCCAGUACUGCUCUCUCCAAGAGGACUCUUCCCAGGCAAACAACGGGCAGUCUACCAGCUCCCCGGCCUCUUUGAGGAGUCAGAAAGAUGAAGUCCAACCCCAGGAGAAACCCUCCCCAUGCAAGUGUAAAUGCAAGAAGGGCAAGGCUACACCUGUCCCAGAUCCAGUGACCAAACCACGCAGCACCAAAGAACAGCAUGCCCUGCCCAUGUCACCAGCCUUGAAACUCGCAGUAGAGGGAGUUCAGUACAUUGCAGACCAUUUGAAGGCAGAAGACACAGAUUUUUCGGUGAAAGAAGACUGGAAGUACGUUGCCAUGGUCAUAGACAGGAUCUUUCUGUGGAUGUUUGUCAUUGUCUGCUUGCUGGGGACUGUGGGACUCUUCCUCCCACCCUGGCUGGCUGGAAUGAUCUAAUAGAAUGAGAAAACAUCUAGAAUACAUGUGGAAUUUUCAUCUACCUGGAGGGAGAAAGUAAAAUGGAAACUAUCUCUAUGAAUAAUUCAUCACAUAUCUGCGCAUGACUCAUUGCUGAGAGCUCUGGGAAUCUUCAGAGAUCACUUCAUCUCCCAAGUUAUCCCCAUUUUCUGUAUCCAUUUUGAAACAGUCAUGGAAAUAGUCACUAGCCUACUUAUCUGAAGGAGAAGAUUUUGGUUUGUACUGGUUUCAUUUAUAUCCCAACCAGACUUACCCCCUGGCUAGUGAAAAAGCAUAUAGGAGGGUGGAUGCUUUUAUUUUUAUUUGCGAAACUAUUUUAAGGGAAGAAAAGCUUAUUAAAGAUCAUCAGCAUGAUGGUCAUCAUCGAUAUCCCAAUAUAUGAAUAUAUGUUGUUGCAACUAAUGGGCAAAGAUAUGUCCUUUAAAUAGUACAGAAGUAUUAUGGAAUUUAAGCCCUGGCACCAAAGUUCUGUGUACAAUGUAGGCUCCAUUUGGGGACUGGUGGCAGGAUGAUUUGAUUGUAUGUCUUUAUCUAAGUCAUUCUGUCAGUAAAUAAACUCUCUACUUGUCUUUUGGGA